CAAAGGGGAGGGGCUAGAAGGUGGGCCGACCAACUGUAGGCAAGUGUGUGUUUGUGUGUGUUCGUCUGAACGUAGCAUGAAAUGUGUCUCCUCUCAGCAAAAACAUACACACUAACGUGAGACGUGCUAGUUAACGGUUUUUUGUAUUUAAAGUUUUGUUUUUGUCGUCUUAAGACUGUUUCGAUGUUUUACUUUGUAUAUUAAACAUUCCGCUUGUAAAACGCAAUAUUUAUUGGCCAAGAGCAGCCGACUUCGUUUCUUCUAAAGAGUGUCCGCUUCCCCUCCCCUCGAUGAAGCGUUGCGAUGCCCUCUGAUUUUAUAUCCCUCCUUAGCUCGGAUCUCGACCUCAAUUCCCCCAAAUCUCUAUACUCUAAAGAGUCGGUAUAUGACCUCCUCCCCAAAGAGCUUCAGCUCCAGCCGUCGUCCACCCAGACCGACCCACCCACCAUGAGCCAGAAGAGCGGGGGAGAGGCGGGACCUCCUCCCUCUGCAGCCUUGGCCUCAGAUGCCACCUCUUCCACCUCCAGCCCCUCUGCCUCUUCCUCUCUGGCCAUGGGAGUCCCAUCCACAGGCCCCUCUACCUCAUCCUCAGACCAUCUAAAGGUCCCCCAGCAUCUCCACUCCACUGGAGGGGAUGGAGCUGGAGCUUCAGAGAUGCAAGGUAUGGAGGGUGCUGUGUCUGCCACCAGCAGAGGCAACAGCGGAGCAAAUACUACAGCAGGAGACAUAGGGUCAGGAGUGUUGUCAGGGCUAGGAGUCCAGCAGCCUCAGAACACCCCAUCAAAACGGAGGCCCGUGUUGAGCAUAUCCCCACCACCUGAGGACCUUUUUGAUGACAGUCAGAUGUCUUGCCAAGAGGAACCGGCCAUAUCUGGUCCACCAGGUCCAGACUCGGAGCAUAGCAGCAGCAUGUGGGCUGACGACUCUGUCUCCAACUUCAGCUUGAUCAGCUCCAUCUCCUACAACGACAACACGGAGGUCCCGCGCAAAUCUAGAAAACGCACCCCUCGCCAGCGGCCUGGCCCCAAGCCUGCUCCCCCGGAGGACAGCAUGGAUGUGUUUGAUGCUGACAGCGCCAAGGCCCCUCACUUCGUCCUAUCCCAGCUGGGCACAGACAAGACCAGUGCCAUGGCCAGCUCUCUUGAGUCAGGGACUGCAGUGAAGGGUGGGUCACUGUCUACUCAGUUCCCCCAGAGGAGUGAUGGGAAGGAGCUAAAGAUCCUGGUGCAACCGGAGACCCAGCACAGAGCUCGCUAUCUGACCGAGGGCAGCAGAGGUUCUGUUAAAGAUCGCACACAGCAGGGAUUCCCCACUGUCAAGUUGGAGGGCGUGAAUGAGCCAGUUGUGCUGCAGGUGUUCGUAGCAAAUGACGCAGGCAGAGUGAAGCCGCAUGGUUUCUACCAGGCUUGCAGAGUGACAGGACGCAACACCACUGCCUGCAAGGAGGUGGACAUAGAGGGCACCACUGUCAUUGAGAUCCCUCUGGAGCCUAGCAAUGACAUGACACUUGCGGUGGACUGUGUAGGAAUUUUGAAGCUGCGUAAUGCAGAUGUGGAGGCCCGUAUUGGCGUAGCAGGAUCCAAGAAGAAAAGCACCCGUGCCAGGCUGGCUUUCAGAGUUGGCAUACCCCAAUCUGAUGGAUCCGUCCUCACUCUACAGGUCCCUUCAUCACCCAUCCUCUGCACCCAGCCAGCAGGGGUGCCAGAGAUCCUGAAGAAGAGCCUUCACAGCUGCUCAGUGAGAGGAGGAGAAGAAGUUUUUAUUAUUGGAAAGAACUUCCUCAAAGGAACCAAAGUUAUUUUUCAGGAGAACAUUGCAGAUGAUAAUUCCUGGCAAGCUGAAGCAAAGAUUGACAUGGACCUUUUUCAUCAGAAUCAUUUGAUAGUGACAGUCCCUCCGUUCCACAACCAGUCAAUCACUUCUCCCAUCUCUGUGGGAAUCUUUGUGAUGACCAAUGCUGGUAGAUCACAUGACGCCCAGCCCUUCACUUACACUCCAGACUCAGCUGAUAACUCAAAUGUCCGGACAGUAAAAACAGAGGGAUCCUCCUUGGUCAAGACAUGUAUAUUUGAUGGCCAGAUGAAAUCCAUGUCCUCUGAGCGAACCGACUGCUCUGGUCAGCCUUCCAAAAGGCAAGAGGACACACCAAUGGAGGUGUCUAGCAAUCCACCAUCCACAGAUGUCUUUAAGCCAUCCCCUGACCCUCUUGUCUCAGUGCAGCAGACCCUGGAGCUCAGCUCUAGUCCUCAUCCAGGAGGAGAGACUUUUCAGAGCCCAAUGCCCCUACAACCUGAAGAUGUGGAGCUUCCCCAAGCCCCCCCUGUCUUCCCCAGCCUGGAGUCUCUCAGCACCAUACAAAAGCAAGACAUCACUCCCACAACCUCUUUCCCAGUGUCAGGAGACACCACAAUCCCUCCCGUGACACCAGAAGUCCCUCAGCAAUUCCUCAGAGACCCUCAGGAUAGCCUGCCUCCUGAGAGUUCCAGCAGUAGUGGGGGGGUUGUGGUUGUGGCCAUGCCCCAGAUAACAACUCCCUCUCAGCCCCAACAACAACAGUCACAGGUUCCCUUGUUCCCCCAGGAAGGGGUGGCCCAGCUUGAGAGGGCAGUAAGGGAACUACAGGCUGGAGGUAACACCACACUCCAGCAGGUGUUGGAGGCAGCUGUAGCCCAACAGCAACUAAACUCAGUGCUUUACAGCCCAACUCCCUCUGCAGACUCUCUUCAGCAGCACGUCCAGGAGAACAUGAACAGCCUUAGACUAGGGACCACAGAUAAUCCACUGUCUACACAGCAACAGCUACAGAUACAGCAACAACAACAGCAAAUGCAACAACAACAGCAACAACAACAAAUACAGCAACAGUUUCAACAGCAUCAACAACUGCAACAACAACAGCAAAUCCUUGGCAACCUUCAGCAUCAACAACAACAGCAACAUCUACAGCAGCAACAGCAGCAAGUCCUUGGCAACAUGCAGAUCCAACAGCAACUAAUACUACAACCACAAGACCAACAGCAACUGCAGCAGCAGCAACUCAUGGAGAAUAUUCAGCAGCAGCAACAGUUGCAACAAACUCAACAACAGCAAGUCCUUAACAACAUCCAACUUCAGGAUCAGCAACAACAAAAUCAAAUACUCAGCAAUUUACAACAACAUCAGCUACAGCAACAGCAGCAACAACAGCAGCAAAAUCAAGCAUUGAGCAACCUACAACAGCAACAACAACUGCAAGAACAGCAGGUCUUGGAGAAUUUGCAGCAGCAACUUCAGGCUGAGUUGCUCCAGCCCCAGAUCCACUCCACCCCACAAGUACAGCAGCCAGUGUCCCUCCUUCAACAGGCCGGAGAGCUGCUCACCAUUCAGACCAGCUUCCCAACACAGCCUCCAUCCCACACAUCUCCCCCACAACAGCUCUUCCAAUCACCCAGGCCCCUUGCUGAGACCCAGGGCUCCCAACAGCAGGUCCAGGCUGCCCUGCUCCAGAAUACACUGACUGUUCUGACUAGUGGCAGUCUCAGCUCGGAGCAGCAGUCCACUGGGUCAACACUUUACCUGUCCCCAAACCCUCAGCCCCAGCAACAGCAGCAGCAGCAGCAGCAGCUGGCAUUCAUCUCUUCCAUGGAGACAUCUACCAACCAGCCCCAGUCUGUUGCAAUGUUUCAGAACCAACCCCAAGCUCAGCUUUCCCAAAUGCAGCAGCAGAGCACCCCCAUGGAGCAGCAGCAGUCUGCACAGCAGAACCAACAACAGCCACCACAACUUCCAAUGGCCCAGCAGGGUUCCUUAUUCCAAAGUAUCCCAAACCACUCACAGGCUAACCCUGUCUCCCAGAGCCAACUCUCUCAGCCCCAGCAGACAGGUCUGCUCCUCUGUGCAACAGAUCUUAACCCACAGGCUAUUCCUCCAACUAUUCUCUUCAGCACCCAGACCCAAGGCCCUUCCCCUAUGGGGAGCAUUAGUGUUGGAAUCCCUCAGCCAGAGCCAGCAGAGCCCAUGUCCUUCCAAGACCAGAGCUCCUCAGGGAGCAACUCGACAUCCACCGAAAACCAACAGCAGAGCUUGUUCCAGGAACAGCAGCCAAUGCAGGUGGGCCCAAGCUCCAGCAGCGUCCCAAGCAGUCAACCUGUGGAACUGUUCCUGCCACAGACAUCUCUGUCUAGUCUGCAGAGCACUAUUGGCUCACAGGAGCUGAACAACCAGGCUCCAGCCCCUGGCACAACCAUCUUUGUGGUUCAAGGUGGUGUGGGUGUCGUAGGCAGCCCAGGCCAGCAGCCUCCAGAGCAGCUUUUCCAGACAACUGUGGGUGGGAAUGUGGCUCCACAAGGACAAGCCAACCUGUUUGUGUUUGGCAUCCAGAAUGACUCACCCCAGCUGCUGAAUUCCUCCAGACCCACCCUGCCAGCCCAGAGCCAGCCCCAGACCUCCAAUCACAUGCAGCCUCUGUUGGACCAGCCCAUGGCCCAAGCUGCCACCUCAAUGCCGGCCGCCAUGCACAGCAGCUUGCAGAACACCCUCCAGGCACAAAUGCAGUCCAGCUUAGAGAAUGCCAUGCAGACCAGCCUACAAAAUGCAAUGCAGACAAACACACAAACAGCUCUGCAGUCCAGUUUACAGGCAACCAUAGAAACAAGUCUACCAACUCCAAUGCAGACCAAUCUACAGACACAGAUACAGAGCAGCUUACAGAAUCAGUUGCAGGCAUCGAUAUCUGCGUCGUCAAACAUGGAUAAAAUUGAGGACCUACUGGAGAGCCUACAGAAGUAGUCAUAAAUAUUUGGACAAUGUGGGCACAAAGGGGAGUGAGUAAUAUGUAGCUGAGAGUUAUACAUGCUUAACAUCAUGUGGUGGUGCAUGGUUUUUUGUGCCAAUGCCACAAAUCCUAGAAAAUUUUAAAUAUUUAAGAAUUAAAUGCCCCUUUUAUCUAAAAUUCAAACUAUGAGCUCAUGUAACUCCUUGUUUUUAUGAAAUAUUUAUCAUUAAUUACAGCCUUCGUACAUCCAUUGUCCUUGAAUUGAUGAAUCCGCCUUUGUUAUUACCCCUCUUGCAGGAUCAGAGAGGCCUGUAAUAACUGCUUUAUCCAUCAGUCUCAGAAAUGCAGUGUUUUGUUGUCAGAGUGUUUUAAUAAUGUGAGCCUAAGAGAUGAUUAUGAAAAAAACUGUUAGGUUUGGUGGAAAAACUGGAAAGGGAUAAAGAAUGUGAGUGACAGGGAACAGGAGGAAUAGCAGUGUGAUAGAAACGAGGCUAGAAGAGCAGGCAGAGAAGAAAAAAAUAGCCAGCCAUGGAGCAAAUAUCAGAUUGCACAUAAGUGUCCAACGUAGGCUGAAUCUCAUUUUGCGAGUGCGUUAACUCACUUCACUCAGAGAGACAGAGUCGGUGAGGAGAGUUUUUGUCAGUCCAUCGUGUGGAGCGACAGUGAAAAUAGGUGGAGAUUAUGUGGCAUAAAAACGAGUGAAAUAAUGUCACGGCAACUUAAUUUAAACUUCUUUUAUCACAAAGAACAUACGAUCUUUUUCAAAUAAUCAAACCCUUGAGUUUGCACGUCAACACUUUGACUAAAUUAUACUCUACGAGUAAAGACUAUUAAGUUACGUACAUUUGUAGAAUGUUUUGCAUCAUCUAUCAUAUUUGCGGACACGGCUGGAGUCUGCACCUGAGCAGACUCUGUUAGAGGGAGGACAGUUAAAUGUUGUUAUCAACUCCGCUCCACAAAAACAAAAUAAACUCGCUCACCAAAAUGGGGUAUCAAUACAUUCUGGUAUUGCAAGGGAUUCCCCCAUGUGCAGGAAGGGAGAGAAAAUUAAACACUCACAAAAAAUGAGAUUCAACCUGGUGAAUAAUGUGACCUGGCCUUUUCCUUUAGGCACCUCCCAGUGUUUUCAUUAUGUUUAGGCCUCAUCACUGGGUUUGCAGAAGCGUUUUUGGUGAAAAUUUUACGAAGCAUUGUAGUGUGUGUAUUUUUUUGUUUUGAAGUUGGUAACCUUUACCAAUCUAACGUGGAUAGACAGAAACUUUCCACUAGUGAAAAUGGAGUGUUGUGUGGUUUUAUAAACAUUUUAUCUCAAGCACUUUAUAACCUCUUUUUGUGUAACCAGCUAAUCCUUAUAUCCGUCCACAGCUCUCUACUGACCCAGCUGAAUUUGUACUCGGAAACGUCCAGUUAAAAAACAAGAAAAAAAAAACAGAAAGCAGUUGUCUUUGUAAAGGUAAAUACAUCUUAACUAAGCAUUUUUACAUUUUCUCAUGUCAGAAUAUUUUUGAGGUCUAGGACAACUUUGUAUAGAAUGUCUGCUCACUGUUGAAUCCCUCUUUGUAUUCAGUCUCAGUGGUCCAGUCAAGUCUGUCAAAAAAAACAGCCAUUCCCACAAAAGCAUUGUCAUUUUUCAGUGUUGGAGUGGUAAGUAGGCCUUUGUGUUUUACACACUGACAAAACACCUAAAAUACCGAUUCAUUUAGAUUGUGCAUUGAAAUGAAGGAUUUUCAUUAUUCUGCUAUUUGUACUAUUUACUGUUCAAUCUGUCACUUGAGACUGUUUUUCCUUGUGUUGUGUUAGAUAUUUAAGUUUUUUGUCUCAGUGUUGGUACCGCGCGCAGGCUGGCACCAUGUGAAGUUGGCACCCAGUACCCGUCCCUUGUAUUGUGAACAGGGGCUCACUGGUAAAUGAAAUAUCUGUUACAUAGAGGCCGCCAUUUUGAUUCUAUCUAUGGUGCUAUGUACAGGAGUGAUGGGCACUUCUGACGUGAUGUUAGUACAUAACAGUUUAUACUUAAAAUCAAUAGCACUGACAUUAAUCGUUUAGUUUUGAAGCAGAGUUGAGUUUAGAGAGCUGGCUGUUGUUGUGGGGUCAGACUGGAGUGCACCCAGGCAUACCAAAGCUCCUGACGUGAAUCCUCGCCAUCUUGUCUCAUACUUGUCCUUUUAAAUGCCCUCAUUAUGUUUACUCACUUUUACUGACUCAUUUAAAUUAUGCAGCUCUUACAUGGAUAGCAAUUCAGCAUGUUGUUUUGUUUUAAGUACAACAUUUAUAAAAGAUAUGUAAAGGUACUUUGUUUCAUGGAUCAUUUUAACUUCUCAUCUACAUUUCCACCAGUUUUUACAUUUCUCAUUACAUUUACUCUAUUUUUUUGAUGCAAAGUAACACUGCUGUACUUUCCAUAUCUAUGACAGUAGCCAAUUUGGCGUUUAUCAAAAAAGCCAAUUUUUGAGAAUAAUUCAAAUGUUAGAGUAGCAUCGCUCACAUAUGCAUCUGUUUACAUUUUCAUAGUCAUACUAUUUUGUCCUGCAGCUGUUAGUGAUCCAUUUUAAAGUAACUUAUCUUUUUUAGAAUUUUGUAUCCAUGUAUCAAAAUGUAGAGUAUUUUUGUAAAACUAAAAGUUUUUGGUUUAUGCUCAUAGCACAGAAUAUCAUUGCUGGUAUGUUUUCCUGAAAUGAAGCGCAGGUUUAUUGUGAAGCGUAUGACUGAAAUUAGAAAUGUAACUAAGUGGACAUCAAGCAAAUAUGUUAGAACAUAAUUCUACUGUUUUAACAUUGACUCAAUUUGUAUAAUGUAAUACAUGGGCUAGGUUUCUUGUGUGUGUGUUUUUUUUUGUUUUUUUUUUUUACUUUUUUAUGUCAUGCAUCUCAAAUGGCACUUUGACUCAUCCAUUAACUGUAGAUCAGGUUAGAGCGCAGUAGUGAUGUUUCCAAGCAUUCCAUUCCUCUUGGGUUAGGGGAGUUAAAGAGCACAUGAUGUUGCAGAGGAAGUGCGGAACAGUAAUGCCUCUUAAAGCCAUACCAACACAGAAAGCCAACCUGUGACUUCAGUUUCAUGAAUGUAAAUUUUACCUCAUGGUGUGGACAUAGAGCUUGCUCUACAUCGAACAUCGGACCAAUUACAGUUUUAAAGAACAUAUAUUUUGAGGCAGAGGGGAUGGGCAGGGUGGCACCAACUGUCAUUUGUGUCACUGCACAUCUGUCAGAUUGUUUUGUCUUGGAUUGUGGUGUAAUUUCAUGUUUUUCACGUCCAUUUGUUUCAUUUUGAGCAAUCCAGGAUGCUCAGUCUGACUCUUCGAAUAGCCACUUCCACCUGAAAAAACCACGUGAAACAUUGAUUUAAUGGUGGCGAAGAUAGCACACAAAUCUUUACACGAUAUCAGUUUUGUCCUUCAGUCAUGUAAAUUAAUAUCCAUGUAUAUUUAAAUGUGAAAUAUACUGCAGGGGUAUCUUGAAUUUCAAUUGUGAUGCUUUCAACAGAACUUUGUGUGCCUUGAUAACUUAACCGUUACUCUGCUGUGUUCACUGGUGUCCCUUUUGUGUCACUGCUAUUUGGCUCCUUGUCCUUUUUAUUCUCGAGGACUGUUUAACAUCAGGACACUUUUUCAGUGAUUUAAGUUUUAUUUCUACUACACAAGCGUAACCAUAGCCCAUACAAAUAUAUUUUAGUGUUAACAUUUUAUCUUUGGAAAUCCAUCACAAGAUAUCAGAGUGAGUACUCUCAACGUAAUAUUGUGCAGCUUCACCAGUGAAUUGUCAACUUGUUUAUUAUUUUCUGUUGAAAAUGUUUUUUCCAUGCCUCAUGAGAUUUGUACAUGUGAGGUAAAAGGGACGAGACAGUGGAGAUUGUUUUAUGGAGAGCUUUCUCGUGUUGAUGUGCUUGUCAACAUUACUAUUGUUGCUGUGAAAUGCUUGAUCAAAUGGAGCAACCAUGAUAACUGUUAAUUGCCAAUAGUGUGAGCUGUAUCUUGUGUGUAAUCAGUUUGCUCACUUUUCCUAGUUCGCUUUCUAUUUCACAUUCUCCAACAGUUCUGUUGUAUCCGUUCUGUGUAGCUUGAGCUUUAGUAUCUAGCCUUAAGACCCUGCAGUAGGGAUAAAGGUCAACCCCAGUGUGUUCUCAUACAUCUGAACUAUUAUUAACAUGUACUUUGCCUUGGUCUGGACAUUUGUAUACUCUUCUGUUUAUAUCUGUAAUCCUGCUGCUACAUUAAAUGAAUUAAUAAAAA